UAGUUGUCUUGCGCAUGCGUAGACGUUUUGUUGAUGAAACGCUAGCUUCAUUCGCCAAGAAACUCGGCCACUUCCCUCCCUCUAACGUUGACCUGCCUGCAUGCUUUUGUACCAUUGAGUUAGUUUGCUUACCUCUAGUGUCUUCAUUAUUUCAUAAUGCUGCAGUUCCUGGCUGGCUUCACCUUGGGAAAUGUUGUGGGGAUGUAUCUCGCUCAGAACUAUGAAGUGCCCAACAUAGCCAAGAAAAUCGAAGCUUUUAAGAAAGAUGUGGAGGCCAAGAAGAAGCCCCCAGAGUGAGCAAAGUGGGACCAUGUUGCAAGCAAGAAUGGACAUCCUCUGCAGAGAAACUAUUUAUUUUAAAGGCUUAUUUUGAUGUCAUGGUUGUACACUUGAUAAAAGAAUUGACCAUGUUACAUGUAUAUGAAAAUAUAAGCCGUGCCUGGAACAGUGUUUGUUUCUUCCCUUAGUUUUAUAGGCAUACUCUUUGUAAACUAUUUUCUAAGGUAAAUAGUGCAAAGGCUGGAUUUAAAGAAUAUUACAAAAAAACUAAUGGGAUCAUUUUAAUUCCAGUUUCAUGGUACUGCUGGUUGACCAUUUUUGUUAUGUACUCAAGCCAUUCAAUAUGUCCACAGAAGAUUUUAGAGUUAUAAAGUUAAUAUAGCAGAUUUUCCUUCACACGCCUCACAAUAACUGCCAAAGUUUUUAUUGUUGUUGUACAAACACCAUUCUGAACCAUACAAUAAAGCUGAAUAUAAUGAA